AUGUGGUCCGCUCUUGCUCUCACUACCCUCCUACCAUUGGCAAUAGCAAUCAACGUCCCUCAGACAUAUAUAAAUACCGCUAUAGCCCGAACGAUAGAAUUAGGUGGAUUGACUACGCAGAUAACCACUCAAUAUAACAUCAAGCCAUUGGAUAAUUCUCCGGGGGAAUAUCACUUGGCACUAGCUGGGGAAAACGAUGUUGAGCCUGCUUGGUGGGAAGUGAGCUUGGGUGGAAAGAAGUUGGAAGGGAGAUUGUUGGAUGAGAGCCCACCCACGGUAGCUGUACAAUUGGGUAAAACCAAGAAAGACGAAGUCAUCACCCUAUCCCUCACUCAGGUUCUCGCUCAUACUUCCACACCUCUACCUGCCGAGAUCGAACAGCGAGAUCCCCAAUAUCUCGUAUGGAACACCAAUUCAACCUAUGUGGAUAGUUGGUAUCCUACCGAUGUGGAGAGGGUAAAAAUUAGAGCCCCUCACCCAUCUAUCUUAUCAUAUUCAUCCGUUCCCGAGACAUACACACGAGAUAACACUAUCACCAAGUCCGGUGGUACUUUGACUCUCGGUCCUUUCCACUCGCUACCACCUACUCUCGGUACCAACAAGAUCGCAGAGCAGAAACCUUUCUCUGUCCAUUAUGAAACUAAAGAUCCGGUAAUUGGUAUCAGGAACUUACAGAGGUCGGCGGAAGUGAGUCAUUGGGGAGCGAACUUGAAUAUACAGGAUUAUAUUGAGUUGGUGAAUGAGGGACCUAAACUCAAAGGUCACUUCUCACGCCUGGCUCACCAACAAUCCAAAUUCCACGCUUCAGUCCCGGCUCAAAUUCUGACCGGUUUCACCUUGAAAUUACCUCCAACAGCCCAUUCACCAUAUUAUUACGAUUACAUCGGAAAUGUAUCCACGUCGCACUUCAGACAAGGUUCCACCCCGGCCACAGUCCAGAAGAACAAGAAAGUCAGAACAUCACCUAGGAUCGUCGAAGGUAAUUUAGAACUUAAACCUAGAUAUCCUAUCUUGGGAGGAUGGAAUUAUAGUUUUACGGUUGGAUAUGAUAUUCCACUUGGAGAUGUACUCAAAACCGACUCUGAGAAGAAUAGAAAGGUAUUAGCUGUACCGUUUUUGACGGGGUUGAAAGAUGUUGUAGUUGAUAAUGCGGAAUUGAAAGUUAUCUUACCUGAAGGUGCUAGUGAUGUUCAAGUAUAUACACCCUUUGCGGUUGAUACAAUCGAACAUUCCAUACAUAAAACAUACCUAGAUACUACAGGUAGAUAUGCUAUUACCCUCAAGAAAGCUCAAUUAACUGAGAACCACGCUCAGAACGUAUAUGUAACAUACCAUUAUCCGUUAUCUGCCCAACUGCAAAAACCAUUGACGAUCGCUUCGUUGGUUGGAAGUUUGUUCUUACUUGGUAUGGGAUUAAGGAGGGUGAAUUAUAGUAUUGAGAAGAAGUAG